UGUCAUGAAAUGUCAUCAGAACGUAAAUUUUAUUGAAUUGACAAUAAUAAUAUUAAUAAUUAAUGUACAAUAUUUAGUUUUAAUAAUUUAAUUACCAUGGGUGGAUGUCGGUGUUCAUAUAAAAAUUGUAAUGUUAAGACUGAUGGGAAGACUCACAUGUUUCAUUACCCAGUGUUCGAUAAACUUCGAUGUCACCAAUGGCUUUUAAACGCACACAAGCUUGAUUUUCUAAACCUUAAAGUGUCACAGUUGAAGAAUAGAGUCAUAUGUCAACACCAUUUUAAGGAUGAUAAUUUUAUGAAUUAUAAGAAAGAUAAGCUUACGUUUGAUGCUAUACCUACUCUGGAUGGACCAUACUGUGACAGUUCUCAAUAUGAAAAAAACGAUGAAGAAAAUAUGGAAGCCUUUCCUCUCAUAUUAGAAGUAGAAAAUGAAAAUAUAUUAUAUUGUGACAAAAGGGCCAAUUAUUCAGUAAAAUAUGCAGAUUUUCUAACAAACAGUGAAAUAAGUUUUGUAACUAGUUUAAAUUUAGAUACCAAAUCAAAUUCUAAUGAAGAAAAUGCUAGUCGUGAAUUAAAGAUGGGAAAUAAUCCUGUAAAACCUACACAAAUAGAAAGGUACAGUGAUAAAUUGGUUUUCCAACCAAAUAGCAAUAUACAGCCAAAUGUUCUUAACAACACAGCUGAACCUAUGGUGAACAUCUCAAAUAACAUUAACAAUACAACUCAGUUCGCUGAAGAAACUCCCUUAAAAGAUAUACCCAAAAACAAAAAAUCAUCUAUUAACAUAAAGUUCCCUGAGCCUAAACUUUUGAAAGACAACCAUGUUAAGUCAGGCUCCGACAAUCCUGUAAAAAAGGAACCCAAAGUAAAAAUAAUAUCUCAGAAGAGAAUUGAUGAUCCAAUCUCUAUACCAAAAAACCUGAAAUUGGUAUCCCCAUCACUAGUAAUUAAAAUGCCACAGAAAAAAGCACCUCAGCAAGAAGCAAACUGUGCGGAUUUAACUGUGCAGUCUCCACAAAUUGUUGGAGAUUGUUUAUUUAAACCUCUUUCUGAACAAUAUGUUGUGCCAUUAGAAUUUGAAUCACAAAAUCAAAAAACUAUUAUGCACACACCUCAGAAGGAUACAAUCACAAACAACCAAUCACCCAGAAAACAAUUGGCUAAACAUUGUUUCAGCACAGACAAACCAAAGGUGUCAUUACUAAGAAGUAAAAUAAGCUCACAAAGAAUAGCAGCUAUAGAAGAAAAGAGAAAGUUUAACAUGAAACUAAGAGACAUGAUAGAAACUUGCCUAGAUAAGAAAUCACCAAUACAAAAUGGCAAAAAAACGGAUUUAAAAUCUGAUGGUGAUGCUAAUGAAAGCAAAAUAAACAGGCCUACUGAUUGUGAAUCUCAAGUGGGUUCAUACUUAUCAAAGAAACCAGAGCUGCCUAGUGCACAGGAAUAUACAAUAGCUUAUUUAGAUGCACGUAUGAAAAGAUUAGAAAACACACUGUUGAAUAAGAUAGAUCAAAACACACAGAAAAUUAUAGAACUUAAGAAUUCUAUUGUCUCUCCAACGCCAAUAAAAAAGAUAAAUACUACAGUCCAAACUCACAAUAAUGAGGAAUCUUACAAAAGACAUUUAUAUCAAGAAAUUUCUAAAUUCCUAAGUCCAAACUCAAAUAGUUUAGUGUAUGAAGAGUUGUUUAUAAAUAAAUUUUCACUGGAGAAGGCAAACACCCCUGAAGUUAAACGAAAGCGUAGAAAGUGCAGGUGAUAAUAACAAUUUUUUUUUGUUUGUUUAAAUAUAGAAUAAUGAAUAAAAAAUGGGGUUCUUUUUAAUGUUGUGUAUUGUGUAAUAGGAUUUAUUACUAUCAAAACGAAAGAUAAAUUUUAUAUAUAUUUAUGUGAGUUUUUGUAAUAAUAACAUCCCGAGUCACAAUGUAGGUUCAUGCCUAUCUCAGAAGCCUUAUUAAAUUUUGCACAGUGCUUGUAUUUUACAAGCUUUUCUCUGAACAAUUAAAGAGGAAUAUCGCGUAUAAAUUCACGGGGUUAGCAAUGAGAUGUACAAAUUCAUUUUAUGUGUGUUUAUUACUGAUAGGUCAUAUCCCCGAUUUACCAGAUUACUAGCUUUCCGCUCGCGGCUUUGCUAGUUAAAAAAGAAAAUAUGCAGUCUAUUAGUAGAUAUUCUCAACAUAACUGUCCUAUACGCUAACGGUAUCAUAUACAUAUUUAUAUAUUACUAAAUAGAACCUACUUUGUUAUAAUACAUUUGCAGACUCAAUAAUUAGCUCUUGUUUUCUAUGCUAUGAUAUCCCUACUAAAAUUGUAUAUAUGAAAAAUGUAUGAGUAUAAAAU